ACACUUGACAAAAAAAGUCGACAUGAGCAAGGCUGGACCGGUGAAGAAGGCGACGGCGGUGGCAGCGGCCAUUGAGCGAGGGCCGGAAUGGAGAUACUUUGGGUCCCCGGAGUUUGAAGAGGAGGAUGCAGUACCUCCUUCUGCCUCUGUCGGAAGUGGCGGCGUGGCGACGUUUCUCAAACCGCCCAAGAAAAUCCCUCGCGUGCGGUGCAUGUACUGCCACGUCAAGAUCUCGGCGCGGUCCAACUCGCUGCGACGACACCUCCGUGAAUGCACCAAAUGCACUGACGAAGCUCGGCAAUACUGUACGCACCGUCCUGAAUACGACCCCACAUCCUUGUACCGUCGUAGGUGUCAAGGUCGACAAGAUGAACUUUCCCGUGGAGCCGUCGCCUCCUCCACCUUCCGUCGUCGACCACAACCUCGACAUGCCUUCGGCAGAGAUGGCGUCAUUACAUCCUCAAGACGACACGAGCCAUGAUCCUCCCCACACCCCCCACGAGAACCAGGACACGGAGCACAUCAAGGCCACCCAACGCCGCCUGAAGAACCGACUCGCGUGCCGGGCCAACCGCAAGCGCAAAAAGGUCAUCCGGGAAACCCUCAAGGUACAAGUGACGCAGUUAUGCCGCACGAAUGCUGCGUUGCACCAAGAAAUUCACGCGUUGCUCGGGUAUGCCUUGGACGACAUGCAUGGUUGUCCAAGCCCCAACCAUCUUCUCCGUCAUCAUGCAGCGUACGAUCCGACUCUUAUGCACCAGGACAACCGCCGCCAGCAGCACCAACAGUAUCACCAUCCGUCCAAUCAUGAGGCGUUGCCCGUCGCGCCGACCGAGAAAGGCCAGAACGUUGCCACCAUGUCAUCUGCUGCCACGUCAUGCCCCCAAUCAGAGUCGCCCGGUGAUGGAGGACCUGUGGACAGUCCUCGCGGUUUUGCUCCUCAAACACGGAUGUCGCUGUGUGAAGAAACGGCGGCGUCGUUUUUCAGGACAUUUGUGGGCAUCCCCCGCGACAACGAACCAGCAACUUUGUCAGCAACUUCGUCAGCAACGUCGUCGUUUUACUCGCGCGAGUCGUGCGAUGUCGUGGGCGAACGCGCGACCUUUUGCGAUGCGUUCGUUGUCGGCCCCCACGUGAGUUUGGAAUCGAUUUGGACGACCAAAGCGCAGUUGCUGGACGAGUUGCGUGUCGUCCACGACGUGGUGGUCGUCGCGACGAAGGGUGACGAUAGCGUCGUCACGGUGACGAUCGUCGAGGAAGGCAUUUUGCGCGACGUGUGGGCGCUCCGGGCGCUGUUCAACCCGACGUUUGUCGUGACGUUGCAACUGCACUUUGCCCAUUCCACCCCCAAAGUGCAACUCACGUGGGAAAUUGUGUGCCACUGCGUCAUUCCAACCCCACACCACCACGAUCCCAUUCCAACCCCCAACGUCAUUCCAACCAACAUUCCCACCGCCCGUCGCAUGGACGUGUCCUUGGUCAAAUGCGAUCGGCUGUGAAGGGACACACACACAACCCGUGUGCCCUGGUUGGAGCUAAAGGGACUGUGCUACUCCUCGUCGUGGUCCUGCUGCCGCUGACGAUCCAACUGAAUGUUGCAAUCGGAUAUGUAUGCAGCAUGACGAUCUUGAUCAACGUGUUUUAGCAUGCAUUGAUCGCUCAAAGAUGAAAGCGUGGUGUGCCGUUCUACCGGUAGUUACAGUAGUUGUGCGCAUGUAGAAGGUUGGAUUGCCUUCGUGAAGAUGGCAAAGAACAUGGUAAAGAAAGCAUGACCAACAGUUGUGG